UGUAGGAAAGCAGGGAGGGGGAAAGUGUAGGAAAGUAAAGGAGGGGAAAAGUAACUGGCGAAAACACAGAGGAAUGACAAGGGAGGAGAAGAAAAGUGCAGGGAGGAGAGAGACUGUGUGUGUGUGUGUGUGUGUGUGUGUGUGUGUGUGUGUGUGUGCGCUUCUGGUGGGUAUAGAAAAGAAAGAAAGAGGAGAGAAAAUGUGAGAGGAGUGAGAGUAUGUGUUUCCAGGGAGUGGCCAGCAAGACUGUGAAUGUCUGCGUUCCUAAACUGAGGGGAGUUUCCUUGGAGAGGGAGAAAGCCUCAGUGAUGUGUGUGUGUGUGUGUGUGUGUGUGUGUGUGUGUGUGUGUGUGUGUUGCUUAAUGAUUGAGUCAUGUGAUACCGUUGGGAACGAAAUCUUCUAGCAAUGCCACUGAGUGGAAGCAAAACAGUAUAAAACAUUGCAAAGCAAAACUGUAUGAUUGUGUGGUGGGGAUAGUGCACUUAGUGACCUGUAUUACACACACACACACACACACACACACACACGGGUGCUGCCUGUGGAUAUAGGCCAGAUGCCGAGACAACUGUACCUCGUCAGCAUGCGUGAUGGAGGAUGUAAUUGCACGCCAUGGUCUCCUUAGACGAGCCGCUGGACCUGAAGGUCUCCUCGAGCCGGGACAGAACACACAGAACAUCCAUCUGCGCCCCGCUCCGAUUCACCCGAGCCAGGAUACCACGCCCAACACGCAGCUCUGACACGGACAUCGUGGACUCUCCCACAUCCUCAAAACCAGACCUCAGUGUGUGUCCCUCAUCUCCUCCCUCUCCUCAACACUCCUCUUCCAGCUGCGGUCCCUUGUCGCCCCCUCAGGCCAGGGAUUCAGAGACUAUCGGUUACCUGGAGGGUGAGGCUUCUCCUCCUCCACGUCCUCCAGGUUUCCAGUUUUUUCUACCGAUCGGGGCAGGGGGCGGCCUCCUCCCACCCAGCUCUAUACUGACUGCUCAGCGCCGGGACAGACGGGAUUCUCCUGAACCAGCGGAGGAACAGCUCGCCUGUCGCUGGCUACGGUGCCACCUGCUGUUCGAGUGCCUGCAGGAUCUGGUGGAUCACGUGACCGAGUCCCACGUAAAGCCAGAGAGGAGCUCAGGCUACUGCUGCCACUGGGAGGGGUGUGCGCGCAAGGGCCGCGGCUUCAAUGCCAGGUACAAGAUGCUGAUCCACAUCCGCACACACACCAACGAGAAACCCCACCAGUGUCCCAUCUGUAGCAAGAGCUUUUCGCGGCUGGAGAACCUCAAAAUACACACCCGCUCGCACACAGGAGAGAAGCCGUACGCGUGUCCAUACGAGGGCUGUGGAAAGCGCUACUCCAACUCCAGCGACCGCUUUAAGCACACACGCACGCACUACGAGGACAGACCCUACUGCUGCAAGAUGGCCGGCUGUCCCAAGCGCUACACAGAUCCCAGUUCCCUCCGUAAGCACAUCAAGGCUCACGGCCACUCCGUCUCAACAGGUGCCGAGCCGACCGUCACAACCACGGAUCCCUCGACCCCUCCCGCUUCGGCAAGAGCUCAUCUGGUGUUGCCUGGGGCCGCACUGGCUCUCCUGCAUGCCUUUACGGGGCCACUCAUGGCUCUGGGUGCCUCUCCUCUCGAUCUCUCCAUGUCUGCAGGGCACACGGGGGCGGAAGCUGUGCUCCGUCAUAACAACAUAGCUCCGGGGCUGGGCAAAACGCCUCUCUUUGACCCUUUACUGCUUCCUUCAUUUGGGCUGGAGGCUAAGCAAAGGGUCUUGAAGAAGAAGAGUAGUGGUGAUGAGGAUGAUAAUGAUAACAGGGAGGUAGAAGAAGGAUGCAACGCUCUGUCCUGGGUGUUUGUCCCGCCGGGGAUGAUGAUGCUCAAGCAGGCCGUGGUCAGCUAGACUAGGAUCAUGUCAUAAGGUCACGUGAUCUGUAAAAAUGGUGUAAUCUAAACCAUUUGAACCACCAUUGAUUCAUGCUCAUUUAGCUCAUUUAAAAGUCUUAAAUCUGAUUACUUGACACGUUUCGAGAUUUCGAAGCACAUUCUAAUGUAACAGCGUAUUUUGGGCAGAAACCAUAAGAAACCCGCAGUAUUUCUUUUCCCUGUAAGUAUUCUCACGGUCCUUCAGAUAUGCAUCUAAUCCUUACCUGGGUUAAAGCAGCAUCCAUUACUAGUUAAUAAAGAAAAUAAUUAACUGUCUGCCAAACCAAACCAAAUGUGUUAAUCAAACAUGAAUGUGGUUCUUGCAAAGCCAUCUGUCCCACCAAGAACAAACUCUGAGUUGACACGUUUGAUCUAAAGACCCACAGUCACCAAACAGACACUGCAGGAUGCAGUGUGAGAUAAGAAAUAAUACUGUUUGCGCGUGUAUGCGUUUUAUACUCGUGUAGGUCUUUGUCAGACUGGCUUCAGAGUGCAGGAACACGGACGCUUUACAUGUGUGUACUGGCAACAUCCUGCUCACAAGCCCAUACUUACCCUAAAGAUAAAGGUGCUGUGAUGUCAAAAGUAUGUGAUGGAAAUGUAAUGAAAAUUCAAACAAACAAAUGUAUAGGCUACAAAUCCGGGAAGAUAGUGUUUACUUAACUCCGAGAUCACCCUGAGCAAAUCAUGAUGUGGUCUUUUUUUUUUCCCAUUGAACUUCAGACGAAACACAUUGAGUGUUGAGGAAUUGCAGAGAUGGUUUAAUAUUUCAUUGCUGAUUUAUCAUUCCUUCCUGCUGUUAGGGUCUUUUUUUCUUUCAUAGUGACACGUUUCACCAGGAAACUUUGACAAAGGCAGUGUGAGAGCCAUUCCGAUAACAGACGAUGGUCCAUAAUGACCAGCUCCUGACUAGUUUUGCACAUCUUUGUCAUUACCUCCGUCAUCAUAAUAUUGUUCAGUAACCAGUUCAAGUGCCUUUAUCACGAGCUUAUUGCAGUGCUGUUUGGUAGUUGACAGACUUGGGCAUGUACUGGCAGCCUGAAGUGGUCUCUUUCUUGAAGAUCUGCUUUUUAACCAGACUUUGCAUUAGCGUACGGUUUCUAAAUACACACUCGUGUGUUAAGCUCAAACACAUUAUGUAAUGUGUAAAAGUGUAAUUAUGUAAACAGUGGAAUGGUGGGGAGUUGUCAGAAAAUUCAUUCCAGCCUAUUCAUAGAUCUCACUUAAUCCUAGGUUCACAGUAGUUAUACAUGACUUCAUUUCCCGAACGUGUGCGACACGGAAGCGCAAAUUUCGGCAACAGCAGACGGCAAGAUUUCCUCAAUUCUAUGCAAAUUAGGUACGGCCUUGUACAGCGACAAUUGUAAAGAUUGAAAAUUUUUAACUGUUACUCGUAAGAAUACUUCCAUGAUACGUUGACAUGGGAAUACUUCCCAUACAUAACACGGGAUCUUUUAACAUUCAAAUUUGGAUUCGCUAUGGAAUAUGUAAACCUCGUUAAAAAAAUUGAUUGCUGUUUAUCCGAACAGCGAAACGCCGUCUGACAGCCCCAACAUAAAAGUAAUAAGAGUCCAGUAAGUACGCACACGUCAGCCGAGUCAGUAUUUUGUAUGGCUUUGUGUAUGAGAGUAAACCCACCCAAGCCUGCACUCCUGUCGAAAACAGUUUAUUCCUGAACGAGACCAUAGGACACUGCCACGACUUGCACAGGACAUGCUACAGUCGAGUCAGGAUAUGCUACAGAAGAAGUCACUUCUAAGGACAAGCCUUGUCCCAAAAUCAGGUGUAUGUGCAACUGGUUACACACACCUGUAAGUUAGGCAUUCCAGAUGUUUUGUACACUAUAUGUAUGUACGAAUGGAAGUUAAAUGUCACAUAGGCCAAUAUGUAUAUUUUCCCAGACAUGUGUUCUAAUAAUGAGCAUGCAGAAUAUUUCCAAAAGCGCGCUCCAAGAGAUAUUGUCAUGCGAGAUAUUGACAAUUAUGAUUACGACGAUGACUGGUAGCGUCUAAUAAAAACAGAGGCAUAUAAUAAACAGGAAAUGUGAC